AUGGCUAACGUGGGAAGCAAAGGCCAAUCGAUGAUUAGUCGCGUUUGGACACAAGUUAAGCCGAAAAUUGGUGCUUUCAGUAAAUACGCUAAAGACGAGUUGGCUCCACCCACCAUCGGUGAUAUUUCUGCCAUGCGAGAGAGCCUUAAAAAAAUAAUCAAGAAUACGAAAAAUGGCUCUUUCAAGAAUAUAACUGUUCGCGAAGCCUGGCUUAACACAUUAGUGACAAUGGAAGUGUGCUUUUGGUUUUACGUCGGCGAAUGCAUUGGAAAACGUCAUCUUGUGGGCUAUAAAGUUUAA